CUCUCAUCCAGCCUCUGUCCAUUCCUAGUACUCCAAGAUGCGGUUCUCACUUGCUUGCGUCGCUACGCUCUUUUGCGCGUCUACUGCUAUUGCCGGAAGCACCCCCCAUGGAUUUGGUGCCUUCAACAAGGUCCGCAGUCCUACCAUUGAGAAGCGGGAGCCUGGACAGCCCUUCCACAAUGCGAAGCUGCAAAAACGUGCUUCUCGCUGGUUGACUGAAAAGACCAAGGAGUUCGCCGUAAAUGGUACGGGCAUUCCCGACGUCCCAUUCGACAUUGGCGAGUCCUACGCCGGUCUGCUGCCAAUCUCGGACGACCCAAAUGAAACGCGAGAGCUCUUUUUCUGGUUCUUCCCGUCUACCAACCCCAAUCCCGGCGAAGAGAUUACCAUUUGGUUCAACGGAGGCCCAGGCUGCAGCUCCCUCUCUGGUCUUCUUACUGAGAACGGUCCAUUCGUUUGGGAUGCGGGCACUCUUGCUCCCACCCCUAACCCCUACACUUGGGUAAACUUGACCAACAUGGUGUGGGUCGAGCAGCCCGUUGGUGUCGGCUUCACCCAGGGAACUCCCAACAUCACCAACGAGGUCGAACUUGGUCUUGAGUUCAUCGGCUUCUACAAGCAAUUCGUCGAUACCUUUGACGUCCACAAGUGGAAGGUCUAUCUCACGGGCGAGAGCUAUGCUGGCUUUUACGUUCCGUACAUUGCGGACGCCUUCAUCACUGCCGAUGAUACCGACUACUAUAACCUCGCUGGUGUUGGUAUCAACGAUCCCAUAAUUGGUGACGAGACCAACCAGCAACAAGUUGUGCAAUUGGCAUUCGUCGAAUACUGGAACAAUCUCUUCUACCUGAAUGAGACUUUCCUAGAUGAGAUGCGCGCACAUAACGAAUUCUGCAACUAUACCCAGUAUCAGGAAAAGUACCUCACUUUCCCUCCUCCUCAGGAACCCUUCCCGGUUCUUCCCGACCCCUAUGCCUCUGAGGACUACACUUGCGAUCAAUUCGACAAUUUCUACUCCGCCAUCAUAGCAGUCAAUCCUUGCUACAACAUCUACCACAUCACCGAGACCUGCCCGCACCCCUACAGUGUGCUCGGGAUAGUCAACACCGGCGACUACAGCCCACCGGGAGCCACUGUCUACUUCAACCGCACCGAUGUGCAGAAGGCCAUUCACGCGCCCGUGGGCACCAAUUGGAUGCAGUGCACCGACGUUAACGUCUUCGGCGACGGCGAGAACAACAACCAAUCCCGCAGCGACCAGUCGCUCGGCCCUGCGCAGAAUGGCGUCCUCGCCCGCGUCAUCGACUAUACCAACAACACCAUCAUCGGCUCCGGCAACCUCGACAUGCUCCUCAACACGAACGGCACCCUCCUCGCCAUCCAGAACAUGACCUGGGGCGGCAAGCAGGGUCUGCAAGAGUACCCCGGCACUCCCCUCUACGCACCGUACCACCCGGAGACCAACCUGGGUUUCCCGACUGGCGCUGGAGAGCUUGGCUUCUGGGGCUCUGAGCGUGGGCUCACGUUCUACCAGACCCAGCUUGCAGGCCAUGAGCUGCCGGAGUAUGCGCCUGGUGUGGCAUAUCGCAUGCUGGAGAUUCUGCUCGGCAGAAUCGAGAACUUCAGUGUUGUGUCGGACUUCACAACGCAAAGUGGGAAUUACACUGGUAACAGCACCAUCUACCGUCGUAGCAUGGAAAUGCCGUCGUACUUCCAGUAAGUGAGGAUGGUAGAGCGGAUGGGUAAUGAUGGAAUGGCUUGGAAACAAAAGCGUAAUCUGUAAUUUUAAAUAAAGGGUUCCUUGCCUCUUGAACUUUCUUGCUGUUUACAUGGUGAUGUGAUGAUUUGAAGCGUUGCAAAGGACGCAGUCUAUAUGAACGUCGAACCUUCAUUGAGGGAGUUAUUAGACUAGACUCGAUACCCUAAGAAGAGAUUGGUGGAUACCCGUGUUUCGAAGCUUUAUGUAAAGUCAACUUGAAAGCCCG